UUUGUAGCAGGACUUUGACUGGAUUACGUGGCAAAUUCAAACUGACUUCAUCCUGAACGCAGCUGGAAAUAUGGCCGCUGAGAGGCAGAGGACUGGCUUCCUAUUAGUUUUUCUUUUCUGGCCUUGGAAUAAAGUUACUGCAGUUUGUAAUAAUCUGGUUCUUGUUGUCUUCCAAUGGAAAAGCAGGGCUGAAAGGUUCUUGUUGUUCAUAAAAAUGACUCCUGGUCGAGUUUUCCAUCGAUGUCAAACAAAAGCGACAGCAGUCGUAAGUUUCUGGUUUGACGUGAUGAUGACUCCGCUUCGUCUCGUUCAUCAACUGAAAAACAAAUUUAAGAUGAAAACCCCCCUGAAUUUGGUGAAAUGGGAACUGGAGAAGCAGAAACAUCAACUCAGAGCAGAACUAGAGCAAAUUGAGACUGAAAGGAAGAAAAACAGAAAUGACCUUCAGUCUGUGGAGGAAUUAAUAUCCCAGAGAGAAGUUUCUGAUGGUGAGAGGUUGUUAAUAAAAAAAGAAGAUCUCUUAAAGUCCCAGUGGAAACUGGAUGAACAGAAGAAAGUAUGUGAAAAAAAGAUAUUGAACAUAGAAAAGGCCCUGGAACCCAUAGAGAUUUAUGAGUACAAUAAAUGAACAGAAAUAGGAAAACUUGAAAUAAUUUGGUUUGUCAGUAUUUUAGCAAUUUUCAAAUCUGCAUUUUACAGAAGAGGGUUAAGACUUUAUUUUCAAAACUGUCUUUUCUGAAAAAAGUCAGAUAUUCAGUUGGAGCUGAUAUUUUUUUAAGUGACUCUAAUCUGAAUCCAACUUACUAUGUAAAGUAAAGUCAUUGUUUUUGAUAAUCAGUACAUAUAUUUUUAUAAUCAUUCAUCAACUUUAAGUCAGUAAUAGUUAUAUACAUGAAUUUGGGUAUAAAAUGCACCUUAUGAAUAUUUUCAUGUUUUUCUAAUUACCACAUUCCCUCUGCCAGUUCAGAUAUGUUUAACCGUUAUUUUUAAAAAGUUUUUUUUUCCUCUAAUUUAUUAAUAGUAUUUAGUAGAAACAUUGGUAAGUGUGAGCAGGCUGGAAAAUAUAAUAAAAAUGAUCACAAUUGUAUUUGUCUUUUUGUUCUCGUCUUUUGUCCUUUUUUUAAUUCAAUGACUUUAAAAUUAAUUUUUCAGUAAAUUUUCUGGGACUCUCAGAUUGUUGAAACUUCAUCCUCAGAUCAUCUGACCUUAAAAUAUUCAAAACUAGAGUAAAAAUGGUGGCAGCAGUAAACAAUCACAUCUAAAAACAUCUUUAAAAAUUUCAAUGUAAUCCAUUUGAAAAGUACAAAUUUUACAGAAAGUCAAAUUCUAAGAUCUGUAAAGAAAGAAAUCUGCACUCCAUGCAUUCCUAGGUCUGAGCUAGAAUAUGUAGUUCAUUGCAUAAUUGCAUACACCCAUUUUAUUACACAUAAUGUGGGUAAAGUACAGAUCCAGCCCUUUACCAGCUGGGUGAGGUUAUCGACUUAAAGCAGCUUCUUCAAUAAAAAAACACGUCUUAACAGAGAGGUUUCUGGCUCCACUAAUUAUCAUGGGUUAUAAAAUCGUAUCUGUUCUCGCAUCUGUUUUGGCUUUUUCCUCGUGGACCUAUUAUUUUCCAGUUGAUAAGCCAACAGAUCACAGGAUGGUUAAUCUUCCAGUGCAAAUGCAGUCAAUAAAAAAGCUGGAAGAACAGGAAAGGAAACUGAAAGAGCAGCAGGUUGUAGUUGUAAAGCAGAAAGAAGACUUCAAAAGAGAACCUGUAAUAGAUGUGACUACGCUACAUCGCUCAGAAAAACUCUCCUUCACGUCUACAGUCUCCACUGUGAGUGGAUCUCUCCCUCUUGGCUCAGUCUUCAACAUUCUUCUGAUCCACAUGUGUGGAGCUGAUCUGGUGGCAGCUGUGUCUGCAGGGAUUCUCCACCUGUUCUCCAUCAGCGUCUUCAUCGACUUGGUGUUUGGGAUGAUCACUCUUCAUUACGUUAACAAGAUGAAGCGUGAGAGAGAAGAACUACUGAAGACAAACUCUGAGCUUCAGAGGAAGCUCCAGGUGACGGAGCAGGACUGCAGCGAUGAAGCUGCUGUGCUGCAGGAAGUGAAGAACAAACUGAAGACAUGGAUGCAUCACAUCAGAGUCACAGCGGAGGACAUGGAGGCCGAGACAGAAGAAACCAAACAGAAGCUUCAGGCACGAGAGAAGGAAGUGAACAUUUCUAACCAAUCUGAGUUUCUGCUGGUAGGGAAUGAAAAUGUAAUGCAGGUGGAAACUGGACAAGACUAAGAAAAGAUUAAAAACAAGAGUUUUUAGAGGGAGAAUAAUUGGUUGAGAUAAUCAACACAGAAAAGAUUCAUAUUUUUAUUGUAAAAGGUUACAGAAUGAAAAGCCAUAAAGGUUUAAAAAUGAACCUGGCUACUGACUCUGAUGGUCUAUAUUUUUGUAUUUAUUUUUUUCUUUUUGGUGACUGAAUGUACUUUACCAAUUUUAUUAACUUUUUUUUGCAAGUAUUAUUGGACUAAUGCAAUAAUACUUGUCAGUUUUAUCAAUCAAUCAAUCAAUCAAUCAAUCAAUCAAUCAAUCAAUCAAAUUUUAUUUGUAUAGCACAUUUGAGCAGCAAGGCAUUUCAAAGUGUUUUACAUCAUUACAAACACAGAAACACAAAGCAAGUUUUGUGUUUCUGCAACAAAUUUAUGCAACAUUGUGCUAUAUAUAAUGUGCUUGGAUGGACUUUAAUUGUUUUCACCUGCAUUUUUACAUCGAUUAUAAAUUUGUCAAGAGUUUAACAACAAUGAAACCUGAUUUCUGUUUCCGACAAGAAACCUAAACAAGCAAUAUAUUCGAGUAAUUGUUUUCUAUUAGCAGAUAUGGUGUUUUAUAUUGUAGUUAUUUCAAAUUUAGUCUCAUCAAUUAAAACAUGGGAUGUCAUUAAAAUGUGGCGUCACCUUGUUAUUUUAUUUAUAUAUAUUUUAUUUAUUUAUUGAAUCAUUGUUCCACUGACAGACCUUUAAAAAAAUCUAUAUUUUAUAAAACAAAUGUUUAUUGGGUGUAUUUUGUUUCCACAUUCUCACUGUAAAGGACAAACAUAAUCCUAGAUUUUUGUUUCAGUGAGAAUCCGUUGUUUAAACAGUAGGGGGCAGUGUGGAGCAGCUCAGACGUGCAGUGAUUAUGAUUCACCUGUUUUAUUCCACACUAGUUCAGGUGAAGGACAAUUAAAUGACAAGAAGUGACAACAAGGUUUAAUCAAUAAUUAAUUUUAAAUCUGUGCUUGUAACAUUUUAUUAUUUCCAGCAGAUGGUGCUAUGCGAACAGCUGCCUCAGGAUUAAAAGUAACAAGGAAGACUGAAACGUCAACUCUAAUUCUCAGAAAGGCUGAGAACUCAACAAGCAAGGAAUGAAAUAAGUAUAAGCAAAAAAUAUAUUGUAAAAGAUUUGUUUCACUUCCAGUGAAAUUUAAAUUGUCACAAGCAGACAGAAAACAUCAUGAUUCAAACAAGGAGUAUUUAUUCAUCAAAAUGAUUUUAUUUUAACAAAUACAAAAACUUUUUUACAAUAUCAUGUUCAAACACAAAUAGAAAGAUUUGACACAGGAUUAAUAAACUGAAGCUUUCAACCCACUUUUACAAAGUGAACAAUCAUCAUGCAGCUGUUUUAAGUUACAGACUGAAGCUGCUAAUCACAUUCUUGGCCACCAGAUGUCACUAAAGAGAAGCUUUGAGUGAUGAAUCCAGCGAAGCUUCAAUCACAGG